AUGGCGCAGGUGCGACCUCCAGCGCCAGGGCGCAGUACAUCAGCCCAUGGCUUUGAAAGCAAGCUCAGUCAACAAUUAGCUCAGCCUCACCAAACCGAUCUGGAGCACCAACCUGAACCGUCACGCUCUCCCAAGUCGCGUUCGUUAUCUGAUGCGUCCAGACCUACAUCCUCCGGUCAACUAUCCACUCAACCAUCCACUGGUGAUCUCAGUCGGGCACCAAGAAAAGACGAUAAUGCAAUACCCGCGCUCCCUGCAACCCCUCGAAGAUCAAGUGCAUCUCAUUCGAACCUCUCGCUAAACUUGCCUUCCAAACCCGCUGUAUCGCCAUCACUUGUGAACCUCGUCCCUCUUUCUCCUAAACUUGACCCAUCACACAUCUACGGAUCUCCAGGAUCUGUUCUCCCUCGACGAUCUCGAGGCCUCGACUUUUCACGCGCAUGUACGAACCUCCACCAUUCCACCCUAGCCGAGUCUUCCCCGGAUUCGUCUCCCACCGUUGGAGGGCGGGGUAUGGCAAUACCCCUGCGACGCGGAUCACUUGGAGCGACAUCCGUCCCACCCUUUUCAACAUCGGGUCCGGCAGACCGCACAACAAUCUCAAGUUCCAUGUCGAGUGUGAAUAUGAUGGAGUCGGACACAAGUAGUAGCGAGGAGGAAGACGAGUCGAUGGCUGAUCGCGACGAUAUUAUGGUCAAUACGCCGCAGGCGACUCGCCUUAGUGGGCCGAGUCCAUUUGCUAGCAACAUGCAGAGCCCGGGCAACGAGUGGAUGGGAGGGUAUUCACAAGCCGCUGCCAGCUUGAUGAGUUUCCGACGCGCGCGCUUCCGCAAAGGCCGUAGUCGUCACAGCUCCAGCAGUGCGAGUGGAAACAGUACGAAGCCUAGUCCUACUCCUCACUCCCCGCCCAUCAUGAAGAGUGUGGAACACUCCGGUGGUUAUUUUGCCCCACGACAGACUGUGUACUCACGCAGAGAGAGCCUCAGCUUUGGUACACGCGACCUGCGUUUGUCCGAUAUGAGUGACGAUAGUGAGAGUCGCGCGACGCGGAGCGGAAGCCCAAUUCUCGCUCCACACCCGGAAGGUGGCGGUCCACUGGGAGUAAUCCGUCGCGCUGUUACCCGACGUGGGAGCUUACUUCCCAAAACCAAGACCUUUGCGCGCAUUCGUGCCGCUUUGAUGGAGGAGGGUGCUCCAAUUGAUAGCGACAUGAAACGGGAAGCAGAAGUGGUUCGGCAAGUCCGCGAUACUGAGCCUGAAUCAGCCCCUGCACUCGGGGAAUUUCCAUCGUUACAGCGCUCGACCUCGUUUGAUUCGACGGCGACAGAAGAACCCGCGGUCAAAGCGGGAAUGGACACAGCAACUACGGAUACUUUUGGCAAACAAGUCAGUCGUAACUCGGGUGGCGUCGAGUUUUGGAACUUGUUUGAUGGACGAUACCGAACCCCACCCCCGAUUCGCCAGGGGGGUCCCUCGUCUGUAGCAGAUGAGGAUAUGUUUAUGGAUUUGACUCCGUCCACGACCAUCGGCUCUGUUACCGCGGAAUCCUUAAAGCAGCGUUCCCGCUCUUCCACUCCCCAUGCCCCGGGUAUGCCUAACAUAGGGGAGAUUUGUCGCAAGCGGCGUCGUGACGAUGACUUCGAUCCCAAUCUUUUCAAGCGUCGGGCUGUCUCGCCCAGUGUGAGCGUUCAGAGCAGUCCCGUGAUGACUCACUCCCACAAUUUCAAUGAUAUGGGUCCAAACCUUUGGGGUCCGCCGCCAAAGCCGGGUCUCGGUGCACCGUUCUCUGAACGACUGAGUUCUGAAUCAGGCAAUCGAACGAUCUCUCAUGCCGGAGGUGUCAAACGCGUCGGCCUGCAAGGGAUGACCGAAGCCAGCGAUGGCUUCAUGAAUAUGAGCAUUGAUUGA